ACCGGUCGGGCUCUAGUGCGAGUUAGUCGAUUGACCGGUGAACAACAAGUGUAAUUUGUGUGUGAUCAUCUCCCGAAUCGAAUAGUUUUGUGAUAACCAAGUGAAGCUUAACGAGUAGUUCAGAAUGGCCCCUAUUGUGUUGUACCACUUCCCAAUGUCCCCGCCGUCCCGGUCGGCCCUGCUGGUGGCCCGCAAUCUCGGACUGGAUGUUGAGGUUAAGAUCCUGAACCUGAUGGCUGGCGAGCACAUGACCGAGGACUUUCUCAAGAUCAACCCGCAGCACACCGUCCCGACGCUCGUCGACGAUGACUACGUCCUGUGGGAGUCGAAGGCGAUCGCGACCUACCUCGUCGAGCAGCACCGGCCGGACAGCGCGCUCUACCCGAGCGAUCCCCGCAAGCGUGGCCUCAUCAACCGGAUGCUGUACUUUGACUCGACGGUGCUGUUUGCGCGGGCAUUCGCCGCCAUCGGCCCAGUUAUGCGCGCCGGUGCCAAGAGCAUUCCGCAGGAGCGCAAGGACGCCAUUGGGGAGGCGCUGUCCACGCUGAACGGAUUCCUCGAGGGACAGGACUGGGUCACCGGGGAGGACUGCACCGUGGCCGAUUUGUGCCUGCUGGCGAGCGUGUCGUCACUGGAGAAAUUGGGCGCCGACGUAAGCGGAUUGGCCAACGUGAGUGCCUGGCUGGAACGCUGCAAGGCCCUGCCCGGAUUCGAUGAGAACGAACAGGGCGCCACCAUGUUUGGCCAGGGAAUCGGCUCCAAGCUGGAGGAACCGUACUAAGAACUCUCUAUUUGUG